AUGAGCGGCACGAUCCCGAACAACGUCAACUACACCCUCGCUUCCUCGUUUUCCACGGGGAUCCAAUCCUCUUUCGUGAACGCGACGACGACAAGUUUGAGAGAUGAUUUAAUUCGCGCGUUACCUACGAAAACGCUGUACUCGUUACCACGGUUAAACGCGAAAACCGGGGAAAUUGAAACCAAAUUGUACUUUAGGAACGACGAAACGUACGAGAACGUUUUGAUCGGGCAGGCGUUACCGGGGCUCGCGAUUGCGUUUUUGUUGCUUUCGAUGAUUGCAGUCGCGAUGGUUUUGAAGUCAGUCCAAUGCGUCUUCUCUUUGUGCUGUUCUUCGUGCGAGCGGAUGUUCAAACCGUUUCCGUAUACUCGCGCGGCGCUGAGACAGACGAAAACGGUGAUGGUAUGUUUCGCGCUUCUCGGCGCUAUCGGGUGCUUCAUAGUCUUCUCGUGCGGAAACGUGCUGACUGACGAGUUGACGGAAGCGGCGGACUCGGUGAGAGAUAUCAUGGUGAAAUUAGAAAUCGAAACGUAUCCGUCUAUCGAAGCGAGUUUACAACAAAGCAUAGACGAAGGCGUGUUUGUGUCGUCGAGCGACGCGUUGCAAGAGAUACGAGAGGAAGUGGCGUACGCGAAGGAUAUGGCGAAAGAGUACGAGGAUACUAUUUCCACGAACGCGAAAAUGGCUGAACGAGCCAGUCUCGGUUUGACGAGCGUCUUGUUUAUCGUGUCCUCGAUUACGACGAUUGCAAUCGUGCGAGGAAAUUGGCGCGUGAUUGUGUUUUGCUCGAUUUUCUUAACGCAAGCUUUGUUGCUCACUUGGAUCGUGUUCGGUGGGGUUUCCGCGCUCGGUGUGGCGUUGGACGACGCGCACUUUACCGUGAACGAAUAUUUAACUUCGCCAAAGAACGUGGACGUGAGCGCAAUCGUGACGUGCGCGGAUGCGUCGACGAGUUUGAAAGUCGUCAACGAAUUGAGAGCGGCGACGUAUUCCACCAUAAAUAGUGCAAACGAGAAGAUGGUUCAGAUUGAUCCGUUCGAGGUGAUGAAAGCGGAAAAUGCUCCGGUAAGAUUGAUGAAUGCGAUGUUCAAACCGGUGUUUACGAGCACCUUGUGCGCGUCUGCGGCGAGCGAUACGAGAACGGGAACCGCAGGAAAUAAAAUAGUAGAAAUAGAAGGAGAUGGAGAAGAAGUAGACGAUGACGAUCACGAUAGCGAGAAUAGUCACAGUAGUCAUAGUAAUAGUAGUAAUAGUAGUCAUAGUAGUAGUAGUAGUAGUAGUAGUAGUGGUAGUAGAGACGAAGAUGAUGAUGCAAAGAAUAGAAAGAAGCAACGACGAUUUCAACGACGGCGAGAGUUAUUGCACGACAAAUCGACGCAAACCGGUCGGUACGAUUUCACCGCGCGUUCUGGGGAAACGUUUACAUCGUUCGAAGAGACCACGUGUGAUUUUUACCGUCACAACAGUUCGAGCGUUGAGGAGAUUACGUACGUGAAAACGGAUGAACCCGGAUACGUGGAUGAUUCGUCUGCGUAUUACUUGGACACAAACGUGUACGAUUUUGAAACGAAGUAUACUCGAUGCGCGUUGGCGGCGUCGACGGAAACGACCGUGUUCGCCGCCCGGUGUUUCCUCGUUGAAAGCUCCAACGACCCGUGGAUUCCGUACGAUACGUACGAUGCCGUGGAAGCGAACGUGAAACUGGCGAGAGAUUUAAUCGAGUCCUUGCCGAAAGCGCAUUCGUUGGUGACGUGCGAGUACUUAUGGGCGGACCCGAACAAAGAUAAACCAAAAAAGGAAAGAGAAGCCGCCGAGCUCGCGGGAUUACGGAAAACGGAAGAGCGUUUACAAAGUUCCGUGAAAACGGCCACGCUCAUGUGGACCGGUGUCUUCAUGACCGGUAUCGCGUUCUUUUGCAUGUGGAUCAUAUUGAUGGUUGCCGUGCACCGACUGCGACACGAAGACUUGAUGAUUGACGGAGACUCCUUCGACCCGGAGAAAGCUGGCUACGAAAUCUAA